AUGGGUGCACGUGUGCGCGCUUGGAAUGAACCCAUGCUUGUGCUCGAGUAUACGCGCGCUUGUGCACCUGCAAGGCAAUGUGGGCGACCAGCAAAUUGCCCUUUUGCAGGAGGCUGGGGACGCCCCUGGAAGUUCGCCUUCGUCCUCCAGGUUUUCUGCCUUUUCCCUUCCCCCUUCCUGCAACGCCCCCGCGCCUGCUCAGCCUGGGGAUUUCCCGACGCUUUGCCGGCCCUCUCCGAGUCCCGGGAUAAAUCGGUUUGGAACACAUCUGGCUGGGAGGCGCUAGGGCUGAGAGCAGCUAAGCGGCCCGGGCCAGGGUCUUGCGGACUCUCUGGGUCUGGCCGACGCGGCCGCUCCCGUCACUGCGGCGCGGGCCGAGCUGACGGCCGCGCGCCCGCCGCCGCCGCCGCCGCCGCCGCCGCCUCCAUGCUGCAGCGCGGGGCUCAGCUCCACUCGGCCAGGAGGCCGCGGUUGCCCGCACACGCCGCCUUGGGAAGCCCGGUUCCCCGGCCCGCCUGGGCAGCGGCCACCGCCCCAGACCUCAGCCGCUCGCCUAGCGCCUGAACUGCGGACUCGCCCCAGCGCGGUGGCCAGCGGGCGGGGCGCUGUGUGCAGCCGCGCGCAGGGAAGCGGUGAGCGUGUGCAGAGCUGCCCCAACCUAGGACUGUGUAUGUGUGUGCGCGUGUGUGCUUGUGUUUGCGCGUGUUUUUCCUUCUUCCCUUGAGGGUGUGAAUUGUUUCGCAGCUGGCUGCUCCCUUAGGAUUCUUGACUUUGGGGAGCUCUGGGCUGUGAGCACAACCCACCCAUAUAAUCCAUUUUGCACGGUCGGUUAUAUCAGGGGAAAAAAAAAGCGCAACUGGACGGGGGUGGGGCAGACCGACGAAACCUUCUGGAAAUACACAGACACACUCACAGGAGAGAUGAAAAAUUCAAAGACUUGAGAAGACUUUGAUAACCUCCCUGCUGGCCCUUCUGUUUUCCGGAAAGAUCUUGGAUGUUGGCUACCUUUUCAAGUCAUCUUGGCAUGUCUCUAGUGUUUUGUAAGCCGCUUUCCAGCUAGCUGCGUGUGUGUGUGCGCGCGAGUGUGUACGCGCGCGCCUAUCUCAUGCAUUUGACUGUCUUUUAUCCAACUGCCCAGAAUGUGUUAACUCGGCGAUGCCCCUUCAUGCCCAGGUUCUUGCAGAGCUCUGAGGACGCCCGGACCCAUUUUCCUGGCUGGAUUUAGAGCGGCUGCUGGGCUGUGGACCCAGGUGUGUGGAUCACUUUACCCAGAAGCUUGGAAAGCGCCAGUAUUAACCGGCUUCCAGGUACAUCACAAGGUCAAGAGAGGGUCUUGCAGCCCUCUUGUUUCCGUGUAUCUACACUUUCUCGUCUUGGCUACAAGGAUAUUUACGUUUUGUUCCACAGCAUUUGAAGCCAAAAGUUCAGCCCUUCGAGCUGCUUUGCUAUACAAAAAGAAAAAAACAGGUAAUGAGGAUUGCUUAUCAAACUGCCUAACAUAAUCCUCACUCUUCCGCAGCCUUUUCCCGGCUUCCUCCUCCCCACCAAAAUGUCACCAGCUCUUGAAUUACGUGGAUUCGGGUUGGAGGAGAACUUGAAGGAAACGUGAUUAAACGGCUAUGCGAGAACGCUCUCUUUGCUGCCCGCGGUCCGGUGGGCUUCGAAGCCACUCGUGAGAAGGACUGCUUCCCUCCGUGCUGCCUUCCUCCCGGUGCAGCGUUGGGUGUGAGUGUGCAAGUGUGAGUGCAAGUGCGCGCGCCUGGGUACGAGUGUGUGAGUGUGAGCGUGUCUUGUGUGUGCGUGCGCGGCCGCCCUGCCUCUGCCCGCUCCCCAGGCGCGGAGCCGCGGGUUUCAUGGGGCGAUUGCCGCGGAUCCCCCACCCAGCGCGACCUGCGGGCAGCGGCGGCAGUGUCAGGAGCCGCCUUUCCGACUCCCUAGGAUGCGGGUGCUGAGCUAUGGCAAAGGGCAGCGAAGUGACGAGCUAGACCCGCGUACGACUGUGAAAGCCACCUGGAGCCACCUUGUCGGGAUUGUACCUGCAGGCAGAAAGUCUUCCUACGACCGUCUUUUCCCCUAGAGGCACCAGAACCCCUGUAAGCAUUCAGCCAGGUGUUGAGAAGACAUGUAGCAGCUGAGAACCCAUCUUUUGGCACCAUCCUCAGAAACCAGCUUUGGAGAUGCUUUCACUCUGUCCGUCUUCUGCAGCAGCCAGGCAGAGUGCUGACUCCUUCACAGCAGUGAGGAACGCUUCACGCUCCAGAAG